AAACUACGCACUGAAAAUAAGCGACAGAUUCAACUAUGAGCGACGACAGUGAAAGUAUAGAUGUCCCGAGGCAAACUGUCCUCCCACCAUUCUCCAGCCCUCUCCGGACCCUCUACCAUCCCUCCUUUAUGUCCGUAUACCUGGCAGCCGGCUCAAAUCGGUACCCAUGGCCGUCUUCUAACCAGACAAUUACAGCCAUGACCCCCUUGGAAUUCUUCUACACCGACCACAAUAUGUGCCCUGGGAGAAGAGUCCCCAACAUAAUCAGUGAAAUGCAGGUUUUCAAGUGCUUUCGCCUCAACACUCCCCCGCCUGUCAUGUCAGCCUGCCCUGCUCCUCCGGCCAGACCUGACCCCUUUAGGUCAGGGUCAUACCCCACCAGGGACCUGGGUUGUUCAACCUGGAGAAGAAACCCUAAUUACUGCCAUCAAGCCGACAGACCAAGGCCCAGAUCCAAGAAGAGUCAGUCAGUCAUCGAGCUAACCCUGGAAGAGGACCAAGCUAUUACUAACUUGCUAACGCUUCAUCACCAGCAGCACAUUCACACAGAUGGACUUCCUGUCCAUGCUAUUCAAAAGGACCUCCACGAAAAUGGGGUUUUGUCAGUGGCCAACAUGACCCCAGACCACCAGACAUCCCUCAGCCAUACACCGUUGGAUCAGUCCGCUGUCACUGAGGGGAUGAGGGCCUCUCACAGAGACAGACCGCUCCAUUCGGUUGCCAUUUUCAGGGGUGAGCGGCACCGAGAGACGUUGGGGUCUUCUGUGGAGAUGGAGGCAGCUGACGCCCUGCUGAGACUGGGUGAGAACUGAGUCAGCCGGCUGAACGAGGAGGACUGGAACCAGAACCAGAAUGAUGGAAACCUCAACGGUCAAAAUGGCAGCUUACCACUAAAGCCAUGUUUGACUCUCUUCUGGAAAGUUUGAAAUUUUAUGGGGAAAAUAGAGAGUUGAUGCACACUGGGAUAGUUAUGGAUAAGGAUAUUGAGGGUGGGUCUGUGAGAGGUUGUGGUUUGGUAGUGUAACGAGGGACGGCUCUCACUUUCAUUGUCAUUGUUAGAGUCACAGGAGAGAAUGCUGGGUAGGGUUGGGGAUUCAGUUGGCCUUUUCACAUUCAGUGUCUCGAGUCAAAUUACAUCGCUAUCAAUGCAUUUUUGCGCUUGAGGGAGAUGGCUAUCCAAUAACCCUCAUGUUGAUAUGGAACUAUUCCUCGGUUCCCUUGACCCAGUUCCAAAUACACACCCUGAUGUCUGAGUAUUUUUAAGAGCACCUAGCACAUUCAGGGCCUUUAUAGCAAAUUUCUACUGUUAAAUGUUUACGUAAUGUGUGAUGCUCCUCACACAACCUAGUUGACCACAGCACGGUCGCCAAGUUACUGUGAUUUAUAUCAGACAGACACAUUGAGUGGUUCUUUUUUAUAGUUGGUUCAGUUUUAGAACUUGAGAUAAAAAAUAUUUUGCACAGUUCACCUUUUUUUGAUCAUGUCUGCUGUUUUGAUUGAAUUAAUAAAAAGUAAUGCUCUUU